AUGUUGUAUGAACAAAAUAAUGAUCUAUCAUCAGAUGUAUCAGUUACAUUUGAUUUUGGAAAAAAUCUUUCAAAUUUUGAUUGUCAUUCAAUAGAAUUCAAUGAAAAUCAAAAUUAUGUUUUACUUAUUGGAAAUCAUGAACUUCAAUUUAUUAAUUUUGAAUCAUCUUUUCAAUCGAAUAUUAAUACAAUUGCGGAUGAUAAUUCAAUAUUAAUACCAUGUUCAUCUGAGAUAGUAUCAUUACCUUUAUUUGAUAUAUGUAAUGUUAAUCGACCUAUUGUUCAAUGGAAUUAUCAAGAUUCAAAUCAAUAUGCAUUAGCUGUUGAUCGUCUCGUUCGUUUCUAUACUAUUGAUCAUGGUCGUAUACAUGAAACAAGUUCAAUUAUUGAUACUCAACAUCAGCGUCCUAUAUCAACAAUAUCUCACUGGCCUAAUGAUCCCUAUUGUUUUCUAACGGGUUCACUUGAUGGUCAAGUACAAAUAUGGGAUAUUCGACAUUGUUCAUCGAAAGCACCAGCAAAUUUAAAAUUAACAUUAUCAACUCCAUUUAGUAUUCGUAAUAUACAAUGGUCAUCAACGGAAAUAAAUAAUUCGAAUCAAUUAGCUAUACAAUGUGAUCGAUGUGUAAGAAUAUAUGAUAUGCGUCGUACAGAUACAUAUUUAAGUUCAACUGAACAUUCUCAACGUAUAAUAAGUAUGGAUUGGACAAAACAAAAUCAUUCAAUUGCUACACUUUCUAUGGAUAAUUCAUUGAGAAUAUUUUCAACAACUGGACAAUUAUUAGCGCAAUCUCUAUCCAAUGAACAAUUACCAUUUACAUUAAGCAAAAUUAAAACAACAACUUAUGAUAGUUUAUUUAUUUGUGCAUCUCGUGAUACACUAUCAUCAACAUAUGGUUUUACUGGUUGGCGUUGGGAUGAAGAUCAUUAUUUAAGACCAUUAACCGAUCGUAUAUUAUCGACAAGUCCAUCAAUAAUUAAUGAUUUUACUUUUGUAACAAAUUCGAAAUUAUUUAAUUUAUUUAAUCAAUUGAUUGUAUCACGUACAAAUGAUGAUGUAACAAAACAUUUUCCUAUUCUAGCUUGGUGUCGUGAUGAACAAUUACGUUUAAUAGAUAUGGAUUUAACAUUUCGACAAACAUGGCAUGAUUAUACACGAACAAAUAAAAGAAAUCAAUCCGAUAUACCAAAAUCAUUAUCAGAUUUAUCACGACAACAAGAACAAAUUCAUCGUCAUAAAUCAACCAUGGAUAUUAUUGAGGAUGAAACAACUGAUAUUGAUGAAAGUGAUUUAGAUGAUAAUACAUUUCCGGAAAUAUUAUCACCACAAGUUAAUAGUAUAGCAUCAUCGGAGACAGGUGAUGAAAACGAUAUAUCGAUAAAUUCUGAUUAUAUAACAAAAGAAGUUUCAAUUGAAAAUGAAUUUAAUUCUUUACAUGAUACAUAUGGUCCAUAUAUUAUUGUUGAAUAUAAAGAUGAUGAACGUCGUAUGUGUAUACUUCGUUGUAUUUAUCCAUUUGAUAAUUGUGGAAUAUUUCGUAUUUAUUUAUUUCUAUCACGUCAUUAUCCAAUUGUAUCACAAUUAUUUAUACGUUUUAAAUUUUCGACAAUAACGAAUAAUAAUGAUGAACGUUUGAAAACUUUUCAUACACGUAUACAAACAAUAUUUGAUCAAACAUCAUAUAAAUGUUUUUAUUCGGGACAAUUAUGUUUACAUAUAUGUGCAGUUAAAUUAAAACAUUUAUUUUAUUCAUAUUAUAAACAAGAAAAAAUUUCGUCAAAUAUUAUUAAAAAUAAAAUAAAUAAAAAAAAUCAAGAACAAUCAUCACAUCAUUUACAAUUUGAUUUAUUAAAUGGAAUUAAUGGCAAUAAUAAUAAUAAUAAUCAUAAUAAUUCGAAUCGAAUAUUUGAUCAAGUAGCAUUAUCAUCAACACAUAUGAAUGAUACUCAUAGAGUAAAUAGUUCAUCUGUUCGAUCUAAUCCACGUACAUGUGGAGCUCGUUUUGCUGGUGGAACAUAUUUAAUAUGUUUUGGUCGAACAUUAAAUCAUUCUCAACAGCAGCAACAACAACAACAGCCAACAUCUGCACCGCCAAUUAUUAAUAAUUUAAAUGAUGGAUCAAUGACUCGACCGUCACCAUUUCAUACACGAUCUACUAGUUUAACAGUAUCGAAAAGUCGAGGAAAUUCUGGUACGGAUGAGCAACCAUCAAGUUACCGAUCAUCAACAACAAUAAUAACAAAUACAGUACAAAUUCAACAUGUCUCAACUAAUCCACGAACAACAAUGUUUUCUGCUCCAUUACGUUCAUCAUUAGGUUCAAGUACAGUAAGUGAUCAUCAACGUGUAUCAACAUCAUUUCGUCGUUCAUUUAAUCAUCAUUUAUCACAAAAUCAAUCAACAGUAUCUGUUUAUGAUGUAUCAAUACUUUUACCUGUUAGUAGAAAAUUAGCUGAUGAUUAUAAACUUAAUUUAAAACAUUUAAUUGAUAUGUGUCAAAUAAAUCAACAAUUAACAAAAAAAAUGGCUAAAUAUGAAUUAUCUCAUUGUUGGCGUUUACUUGCCGGUUUAUUAACUUUACAACAAAAUUUAUCAGAUGAUAAUCAUACAUGGUUUCAAACACCAAUUGCUCAAGGUUUAAUUAAACAUAUAGUUUCUCAUUAUAUAACUAAUGGUGAUAUUCAAUCAGCUAGUAUGUUUCUAUUAACAAUGUUAAAAACUCCAUUUAUGAAAAAAACUAAUAUUAAUGAACAUCAUUAUGAUCCAGUAUUAUAUUCGUAUGCAAGUUUGUUACAUCGUUGGAAACAUUUUUAUAAACGUACACAAAUUUUACAAAAAAUUGAUCAUAAUUGUCAAUCACCAACAUUAAUAAAUCAAAUAUCAUCAAUAAUUAUUUGUUCAAUUUGUUUACAACCAGUUGUUGGUCAAUAUUUUUUAUGUGCAAUAUGUGCUCAUGGCGGACAUUUAUUACAUAUUCAUGAAUGGUUUUCAUCACCAGAUUCUAAACAUCGAUAUUGUCCUGAAAAAGAUUGUCAAUGUCGAUGUAUUAUUAAACAACAAGAAUUAUUAACAAUUAAUACAGAUCAAAUACAAAAACAUCAACAAACACCAACAUUACCAACAAGACCAUAUAUUUCUCGUACAUUAUCUGUUAGUAUGCGUCAAUUAUGA